CCAGCCUUGCACCUUUGCCACAGUUUUUGCCACAGUCCUGCAGAGGGGUAACUAAGGAGAUGUGACGCUGCCGUGUGCGCAACUCUGGAGUGGUCUGCCCCUCACCAGACUACCCAUCCUCUAAGAUGUCCCAGUCCACUGUUACUGAAGAGGGAGGCACCUUUGAGCACCUGUGGAGCUCCCUGGAACCAGACAGUACCUAUUUUGAGCUCCCCCCAGGCAGCCAGCCAGGUGAACAACCAGUGCCGUCUACCAGCAACCCGGGGAACCACCACAACACUGCAGAGGUCUCCAUGGAUGUCUAUCACAUGAGAGACAUGAAUGAGAACGUUAUGUCCCAGUACAACUUGCUGAGCAGCAGCAUGGAGAGUCUGGGGAGCCGUGCGACGUCCACAAGCCCCUACAGCUCCGAAAACGCCUCUUCGUCGGCCGUGCCCACCCCCUCACCCUACUCCCAGCCCAACUCCACCUUUGAGGGCUUGUCGCCUGCCCCUGCCAUCCCUUCCAACACCGAUUACCCUGGGCCACACGCCUUCCAGGUGUCCUUCCAGCAGUCCAGCACAGCAAAGUCUGCCACAUGGACCUACUCUCCCUUGCUGAAGAAGCUCUACUGUCAGAUUGCCAAAACCUGUCCAAUCCAGAUGAAGCUGUCCUCCUCUCCUCCACAUGGCAGCAUCAUCAGAGCCAUGCCCGUCUAUAAGAAGGCGGAGCACGUCACCGAAGUGGUCAAAAGGUGCCCCAACCACGAACUAGGACGAGACUUCAAUGAUGGUCAAGCAGCUCCAGCCAGUCACCUGAUCCGAGUGGAGGGGAAUAACCUCAGCCAGUAUGUGGAUGAUCCUGUUACUGGCCGGCAGAGCGUCAUUGUCCCCUAUGAGGCUCCACAGGUGGGGACUGAGUUUACCACCAUCCUGUAUAAUUUUAUGUGCAACAGCAGCUGUGUGGGAGGCAUGAACAGGAGACCUAUCCUCAUUAUCAUCACUUUGGAAACCAGGGAUGGUCAAGUGUUGGGCAGAAGGUCGUUUGAAGGUCGCAUUUGUGCUUGUCCAGGCCGAGACCGCAAAGCUGAUGAGGACCACUUCAGGGAACAGCAGGCCCUGAAUGAAAGUGUGGCCAAAAAUGGGAGUGCCAACAAGCGCAACUUUAAACAGAGUCCACCAAACAUUCCCAGUCCAAAUAUUAACAUGAGGAAGAGGCGGCAUGGAGAAGAAGAGGUUUACUAUAUUCCUGUUCGUGGUCGGGAGAACUUUGAGUUGCUGAUGAAGAUUAAGGACAGCUUGGAACUGGUGGAGCUUGUGCCACAGCAGCUGGUGGACUCCUACAGACAACAAACACAGCAGCAGCUGCUGCAGAGACCGAGCCACGUAGCAUCACCCACCUCCUAUUCUCCACUGUCCAACAUGAAUAAGCUGCAUCCCCAUGGAGGCUUCAGCAAACCACCCUCAGUCAACCAGCUGGCAGGGCAGCAGCCCCAGCAGCACCACACUGCCCCCUCUUCCAUGGCUCAUAUGGGAUCAAACAUGCUGAACAGCAACCACAUGCAGGCAAAUGGAGAAAUGAACGGUGGCCACAGCAGUCAGAAUAUAGUGUCUGCUUCCCACUGCAGCCCACCCCCUCUGUAUAACCCUGACCCCAGCCUUGUCAGUUUUCUCACCAGUCUGGGCUGUCAGAACUUCAUUGAGUACUUCACUUCCCAAGGCCUCCAGUCUAUCUACCAUCUCCAAAGUCUGUCCAUGGAGGAUUUAGGUGCACUAAAGAUCCCAGAGCAGUCCCGCCUUGUCAUCUGGCGAGGUCUGCAGGACAUGAAACAAGGUGCUCCCCUCCAGCUGCCUGCUUCUUCUCAUCAUCAUGAUUAUCACGGGCAGCAGCUGCUUCGCUCCAGCAGCAACAUGGCUGCCUCUGCUAUGGCAGCCAUCGGGGCUACUGGCGGGGAACUGCAACGCCAGCGGGUCAUGGAGGCUGUGCACUUUCGCGUCCGCCACACCAUCACAAUUCCCAACAGGUCCGGUGUUGUCGGAACAUCAGGGAUGACAGCUGCUGAUGAGUGGGCUGACUUUGGUUUUGACAUGCCUGACUGCAAGGUGUCACGGAACAAGCACUCCAUCAAGGAGGAAUUCAUGGAAAGUGACAUUCACUGAGACCGAACAUCAUUUUGGGUCAUCUUUCCCCCAAAUUACUGUCAGCAUCAGCGUAUCACAGUGUAACCAUGUGAAUAGGGUUGUUAAAUAUGUGUUUAGGUGCUGAUGUCAUAUUUCAAUGAUCAACUUCCAUUUUGAUUAUGAGACAGUUUCAGUGUGUUCAUGAACUUUUCGUGUGCAGUCUGAAGUGUGCUCUUGAACAGCUGUUCCAUCUAUCGUUUGAAGGUGACAUAACAAAGUUUGUCUUUUGUCUUCGAAGCAAAAAACCAUUGUGACAAUAACAUUGUCAAGGCAAUGCAUAACACACAGUGUGGUCUGGACUAUAUUUUGGGACACUGAGAAGUGCAGAGGCAUUUCAUUUUGGGUGCACUGUGCAAUAGGUAAUAAUACCUAUUUUUCUUUUACAGCAUUUAUAUGAUAUCAUUCACAAUAACACAAAUGUCAAAACAGACAAAUCACAACAUUUUGUGUUUAGAUGUCAAAGCAAGUUCUCAUUUGACUUAUUUAUUUUUUUCUUUAAGUUGUCCUUCACUUGUACAAAUGUAUAUACUGUAGCCUGUAAAUGUUUUUGAUUAGAUGUUGUUGGAAAUAAUGAUGUAUCUCCUGUUCAAACCAAAUGACUAGAAAUGGGUAAAUCAAACCAACGACUAUGGGAACACAAUUGUGUAUUUUCAGUGGCUAUGAUAAUGUGAUGACCUGUGGUUCAGUGUGGUGUUAUCAUUUAAGCGUAAAAACAAACAAACAAAAAAAAAUUGAUGGGCUUUGAUGUUAAUAGUGUGUACACUGACACUUAUUAUUCAAAAUUAGGUGUUGCUUAUACUUUUUAUUAAGUUUUAGAAAAUAUGGCGUUCAUUCUUUUAUAGUAACACAAUGAGUGUCACUAUAAUGGGAAAUAAAUGGGUAACAAAAAAGCAUAUACAGUAUUAUACCCUAAUACCAGGGAUUUAAUUAGAUUUGUGAAUAGUUAUGGUAUCCCUGUCCAUCAAGAAAACUAGAUGAGUAGCAUUUUUGUCCUUCUCUUUGUAUUUUGAAAACCUUGCAGGGCAAGGGACUGUGUAGCAUAUCUUCAUGGCACUUGUUUGUAGAUAUUUAAUAACAUUCCACUUUUAUUUCUGGAUUACCAUCCAUGAUGAUGAAUCAUUCUCUUAUUGCGUUACAUGUGCUUGACCUCGACUUGUAGCAGGGGAAAAGAUUUGCCUCCCUUUCUAAGGCCCGUUCUUACAAAGAGAAUUUUUUGUCUUAGUACAACAUAUGGUCAGAGAGAGAGAGAGCACUUUAAUGCAAUUAAAUCAUUUAGGAUUUUCAGUAUUAUGUAUCGCCACAGUGUAAAUAAAAAUAAUUCUCCGUUUUCAUAUUCUGGUGAUUUAUUUUUUUCUUUUUUGAAAGAGAAUAAGAUGUUUACUGUUGUGUUUCUGUUCAUGAAUGUUCAUUCAUUUCUGCUGUUGUUGAAAUCACGGAUUAAAUUGGUUCAAAUGUC